AUGGCCCUGCGAUUCGUUGUUGUGAUCAGUGCCUGGUUAGUCCUUGCCCAAGGAUCUUUUCUCCACGGAUCCCUGAAUGAAGCCCACCAAUCGGACAUUGUUGGUGCUGAAGCGGAGGUUCCCCAGGAGGGAUACUUGCCUGCAGAGGAUGCUGUAGAGCCUCAUUCUCUUCAUCAUGAAUCUGAGGGAGUAGGACACCAUCAUCAUGGAGGACAUAACUUUCAGUCUCAGUCCCAUCACCACGAGCAUGGCCCCCACCAUCACCUGGAGUCGCAUCAUCACCUGUCUGAGUCCCAUCAUCAUCAUCACUUGUCCGAGUCUCACCAUCUCAUCCAUGGCACUCCCCAUCACCAUCAUCACCUGGAGGCCCCACAUCACGGAGCUCAUCACCACCAUCAUUUGGAGGCCCCACACCACGGAAUUCAUGGAUCUCAUGGAGUUCACCACGUGCAUCAUCAUCGCAAUUGCCAUGCGACUAUCCACUGCCCCAGCUACCAUAGUCCAACUUAUGCCACCGAUGGACAUCUCUGCUAUAAGGUGGAGAACUCCUGCGAAUUGGCCAUUUUGAACUGCCUGCGUCGCAAUGAACUGAAGCCACUUUUGAGACACAUCAGUGGCCACGAGUGCCACCAUCUGCCCAGCGCUCACAGAUCCCACAGAGCCCAUUAAUCUGUACUGAGAAUUACUGAGUCCCUGAUCAUGUUUACCCAAUUAUUCCCUAUCCCGAAUUUUUCGUAAUAACUUACCCUAAUAAAUAAAUAUCCAUUGAAAGUA